CUGUGUAUUGGCAUCAGUCAGUGCCGUGGAUCUGUGUGUCUUUCUCUUUGUCCGUCUAUCUAUUCGUGCGUGUGCAUCAAUGCGUAUAGCUGCUCGAUGUUGAGGCAACACUAUUGCAACUGUGUGUCCUUUGUAGCUGCUGGACUAAGCAGGACAGGGCGGCAGCGGCCGUUCGACGCUGGCUGGCUGGCUGACGUGCGUGUCUGCCGAUCUGACUGACCGAAUGACAGGCCGGCCGGCCGGCUGGCUGGCUAUUUGUUUCACUCAGUGACGAUACUGCUUCUCGCCUGUGUUGCUCGUCGCGAUGUGCCUGUCUGUCUGUGCUGCGUAUGUAAAUAACAAGUUGCCACCUAGGUUAGUUGUUGUCGUCGGCGACGUGAAAGUUACCGCCAUCGAAGCUGACAGCGUCUAAAAGCGAUCGUCCUGGCAAUUGCUAGCCGAUGUUGAAGUGAUGUGUACAACGACAGAGCAUGUGCGAAUAAUAUGUCAACAUUUUGUGAGAAUGAAUUUAAACGUAUUAAGCAGUAGUCGCGAGCAGAGUAACGUCGAGCAGGUAAACCAACGAGCAGCGACGAAUAGUAAACCAGAGAGGGAGCUGUAUUGUGAGUGUUCUUGCCUGGCAUUGCUCUAGUUGAAAAUUUUACGUUUCUCAAGUACGAAAACUUCGUCUACGAGGCUCACUUAUACGAAGAUAUUGAAGCUCGUACAAUCUGUGCAAGCGUGUAACGUCGGCUGCCAUCAACCGCCAAUGGCAUCUGUGAGAAAACCUAAUAUGUUAAUGUAGAUACGUCCAGUCAAUCUGUAGGUGUGGAUAGAAAGAUAUUGGAUCAUCGUGUGAUCGAUCACUGCUCGCGAGUGCGUUGGAAGACACGUCGACGGUUAUCGAACUGCGACUUAAUGAAAUCGUCACUGUGACACAAAACUCUACUCGUGUGGCGUGUGAACGAGGACCUGUGUCCUACUGGCCGGAACCGUUGUUCGCCGGACUAGACAAUCUGGCCGGUAGGACUAACAAGCGCGACAAAGAUCGUGAAAAAAUUUUGCCGUUCGUCAAGAUGCCUAUUAUGGAAACGUCCUCUAGCGAGAUGUCGGGAUCUUCAUCGCCCGGCGUCGGGGGACCCGCUAACAAACAGUGCUAUGGCUGUGGAUCGCAUAUUCACGAUCGUUUUUAUCUGCUUGCAGCAGAACGUCAAUGGCACACGAGCUGCCUGCGUUGCAGCCAUUGUAAGAUACAUCUGGAUAACGAGUUGAGCUGUUUCGCGCGUUCAGGAGCAAUCUAUUGCAAGGAGGACUACUAUAGAUUGUUUAGCGGGAAACAGUGUGCGAGGUGUUGUCAAGGGAUCUUCGCUUCGGAGUUCGUGAUGAGGGCCCGAGAGCUAGUUUAUCACAUGCAUUGUUUCACCUGUGCAUGGUGUAACAUUGCGCUCACACAGGGCGACUAUUUUGGUAUUCGGGACAAUCUGGUUUAUUGUCGAGCACACUUUGAUUCUCUAUGUAGUGAAGGCGAGCUCUCCUCAAUGUCACUCUCAUUAGGCCCUGGCGGUGAACUGGAAGACAUAACAGACGGAGGAGGACCGCUCUCACCAGCAGUCAGCCUACCCUGUUCAUACUCACCGGCUCUAUCACCAGGACCAGGGGCAUUGCAGACCGCUCAAGUUCCUGCCCCUAAGAAGGGUAGACCCCGCAAGCGGAAACCCGAUUCUGAGCUCGACGGAUGUGGAAACAACAACAAUAACAGCAACAGUAACAACAAUGCUCCCAACAACAACAGUGGCAGCAAUCCAACGCAGCCCCCGUGCAUACAAACUCCACUUGAAUGUCAGCUCUCUCCAAGUAGCACGCUCUCUCCGCUCACCUCAUUGGCUGACCACAAGAUAGCGGGAUUGGGCAACUGCGUUGUUGGCGGAGGAAGCCAACGUACGAAGCGCAUGCGCACCUCGUUCAAACAUCACCAGCUGCGAACGAUGAAAAGCUACUUUUCCAUCAAUCAGAACCCCGACGCCAAGGACCUCAAACAGCUGGCGCAAAAGACUGGCCUCUCCAAGAGGGUCUUGCAGGUGUGGUUCCAGAACGCUCGCGCAAAAUGGCGACGCAACAACCUUCGAAAUCACGACCCAUCGGCCCCGUUGGUGACUCAGCCACCGACUACUUUGCCACAGUCCCCGGGUGAGAUCAGCUCAUUCUCCGAAGCUUCGCCCCUAUCAACCUCAAACCCUCUUGACUUCGCCGGCCCGCCACAGCAAGCGCCACAGGGAAUGGUGGCCACUGUAGAGACUACCUUUCAGGAACUCUUUUAAACUGCGCGGUUUCGAGUACGGCGAUCUCGACUAUAAAUGACUGAAUGAUACGCCCGAGCAGAUCAUCUAAUACGUCCUUGGUAGCCAUGUAAAUUAUCUUGAAUCAACUUACGCCGACCGUGUUGCAACAGGAAUACCUAUAACAGACUAGUCCGAUUCGGACGCACACGACACAACACGGAAUUACACUAUACUCCUAUUGUAAACGUAGAAACGACGAGUUAUUGUCGAUAAAGUUGGAUUUAUGAGGGCCUACCGACAAAGGUAUUCCAAUCUUGUCUACACGUUUCAGUAGAAAAACAAUUAAUGAGGCGGUACUCUUCAUUGACUGCUAGGCACCAGCUACGUAAAUUAAUAUAAUUUAACCCAUACAGACGCUGAAGGGUGAAUUGAACGAAAUCAAAUGUCGAGUCACGGUUGAAGUGAACUUACAUUGGAGAGUUUUAUCAAAGAAAUCGUUACGCAUGUUUGCGUAGAAUUGGGAUUGUCAACGAUAGAUAUAAACGAUAGAUAAUAAAACGCUAGAAAUUUUCGCCCGCAUAUAGGGCAAGUCUAUAGUCAAUGAUGACAAUGAUAAAGCACAGUUUCUGUUAUUCAAUAUAUAUAUCUAUAACAGCCUUCCGUGUUAAGGGAACGGUGCUGUCUGAGCAUUCACACUUCCACGUCUUCCAUUACCCUAUUUCUAGAGGAAGUCUCUAAUAAUUGGAAAGCUUCUAUAUGUCGAAUUGAACUAAUGAUUAGUUAAGUUGAAAUUAUCAUGUUAAGUAAACGUCGUAGUAAUCAUAGGAAAGCCGGUGACAAGUACAGCAGAGAGAAACGAUCUUCGUUAAUCAGUAGUAUCGCCAGUGCCGGGCAUCAACGUAGACGACUGAAUAGGCCUAGAAUGUGUGAACGCUUCGACGCGUAUUGUAUACAGGUAUAAAUAAUAUACAUAGGGUAGGAAAUGCAACUCAACGAUCAUUACUAACACAGUGUUUUUGUGGGACUAAGGCCAACUCGAACAGAUGGACGAUAAGAAAUCCACUGUGUGAAAAGGGUGUUACCAAGAAUCUAACACGCGUUGCCGGUCAAAGUCUGUAUACAUACAAACGGCCGAAAGACCUUGUGGUAAGGUAUUCGAAUUCGUAACAAGCCUUUCAUGACGCAACAAAUAUAAGAACUUUGUGAUCAACUGAAGGGCGACUAAGAUUUGGGAACGACUUCAUUUGGAAAUAUGUAUAUUUCAUCUCAGAUAUGUUAAGGAAAACCUCCUUCGAGCGAUCCAUGAAGCGAGAAUGAAGCUCCUACAUAAACUAAAAUUUCGGGCUCAAAACUGUACAUAUGAAACUGUUGACGUAGGCCAAAAGGUUGAACAUGAUAUUUAAUAGAAGCCCGCUGUUUUAAGUUAACGGAAACAGGACCACAUGUGUUGUUUCAAGUUCUGUUCGAAACUGUCAGUGCUGAAACGUAAAUUACUCAGUCUCAAUGUUGUUUUUUUACUAUAAGUAUAUCAUCAUUGUUCGAAAAAAAACACGCUUUAGGAAAACCAAUAAAUAUUCAUUAUAUACUUCCUCACAAAGCAAAAAUCACAUCAACAUCGUGGAUAUCCGAUUAUAACCUGACCUUUUUCUCCCAUCAUCUUGCAUUUAUUUAUUACAAUAGUUAGUUAUACCCAAUUACAGACAGACAUACGUACGCACGCGCUGAAAGAUAUGUGAAUAUAGGAUUCCUAUUUAAGUCUGUAUAUAAUACUAAUGCUAUUAAAUCUUUAUUAUAGGCAUAGCGACAUUGUCGACCUAACAAAUAGCAAAUUGCUUAAGUUUCGUACUAAAAAAAGUUCUUUUUGCUUCUCGCCAUCGAUACACUGGCUACAGUAACAGUAACCCGGACGUUCAUUAUCAUUAACUUGUCCUAAGUUUUGUCUUUGCUAUGAUUAUUCCGCAGCCAUGGUCUACAAAGGUGAAAAACGGAUACGCACUUCACUAGAUAUAUUAUUUUUCUCUAAUAAUAUAAUUAUUAAUGAAAGAUCCACAGUUUAUCUAUCAAGCCAAUCUAAAUCAACGUUAACAUUUCAGGCACUAAAUUCGCUUACGGAAUUCUUACAUCAAUAUAAAAUAAAUCCUAAUGAGUUUUUAACAUACAUAUAGAAAACAUAAUGAUGAAGCGAAGAGUACUUUAUCUAGAUACGAAAUAACAGGGUGCGAGCUUCAUAAAUAUCUUUACUGAUGAUGCCGAAACCGGCUGAGCUCAUUCACUGUGUAAAUAUAUUUAGAAAAAUAUUUUAGAACACUCGACAGUUAUCAAACAAAAUCAUGUGCUGUCUAAUACAGAUGAUCCUUAAAUAUACAAAAUGGGAUACAGAAAAUAGAGAGGAAAAAGUAAUCAGGGAUAAUAUUAUUCAAAUCGACGUUCCUGUAUUACCUGAUGAACACAAACAACAAGACGUUCAAAUUCAAAAGAUCGUUUACACUGAUGGGAACUGACCGAGAUUCAAUGGUGCAAUACUUUCCAAAACUAGAACAACUUCAAUAAGGCUACGGUGGGAUAGAGACAAAAAAAUGACUUCAUGCGAUUAAAUGAACGUGUCAAGGAAAACUGAAAGACUGACGAAGUUGAAGCAGUGAACGUGACUGAGUGAGACGGAGCGCACGUAUGAAGAUUCGAGCGAGCGAACCAGCGACCAGACAAAAGGAUAAAAUAGAGUAAUAACUGAAAUGGCGGCGACAGGGGAAGAGACGAGCGCGAUUUCACUAUAAUAAAUCAUUGAAAUGAAACCGCAUGAAUUCUACUACACUUGCCAUCAUCAGCAUCGCCAUCGCCAUCAAGUCCGUCACGUCUAAUAGUUGUAGUC